AUGUGUGGAAGCAAUCCGGCCUCGGGUCUCACAGCAGGAGGCAAACCAGAAGAGUCCCUCAGACGGGAAGGUCUGGUUCGAGCCCCGAUUCCUCGUGAGCUGGUGGACGUUCUUGGUGUUGAGCCUCAGAGCAGAUUCAAAGCGAAGGCGUUCACCGAGGCGUUCCUGAAGAACAGCCUCCAGCAGCCCAGACGCCACGACCUGCAGAACAUGCUGAGCCACAAAGCCGUGAUCCUCGGCUACAGCCGGCCCAAGAAGGAGCGGAGGAAGAGCGCCAAGGCCCGAGGGCUGAACGCACGGCAGAAGAGGGAGCUGAAGGUCUUCCAGGUCAAGCCUGAACACCAGAGAUACGAGCUUUUCCUUCCUCUGCAUGAACUCUGGAGACGCUACAUCAUCGACCUGUGUGGGGGAUUGAAGUCAACGAGCAAUCCACAGGUCGUGCAGCAGAAGCUCCUGAAGGCGGAUUUCCACGGAGCCAUCCUCACAGUGGUGCGGUCCAAGUGUCCGUCGUACGUGGGGACGUCUGGGAUUCUGCUGCAAGAGUUCAAACACGUCUUCAAGAUCAUCACCAGAGACGACAAACUGAAAGUGAUCCCAAAGAGGAACAGCGUGUUUGCGGUGGAGAUCAACGGCUUCGUCUCGCACAUCUACGGCAGCAAGUUCGAGUAUCGAGCCAGCGAACGCGCCGCCAAGAAGUUCAAAGUGAAAGGAACCAUCGACCUGUGAGAGCUUACAGCUGCUGCCCCCACAGGCCGUCGCAGGAACUGCAGCCGGCGAGUAAACGCACACACCUCGGCUCCGCUCCAGCUUCACAGAGCUCGAGGAAAAACUGAGGUUUGGGCUGAGGUGUCGUACACAAAGCUGCAGGUGUGCAGUCAGAGAGAUGCCCCCCCCCAUCUGCUGUUACAUGAACUGUUAUGUAAAGCCUACAGCUGAUUUGGCAGAGCGCCGGGGUUAAAGAAAUGGAACGCUUCCUGUAAACUGAUCCCGGCGUUCCUGCUGCGAGCCGCUCGUCACAUCUGAGUUUAUGUUUCUGUAACGUUGAGACAAAGUUUUCUUUUUCAUUUAAACAGAAUAAAAUCAUCG